GAGUGGGUACCUGUUGCGUUCACCUUCAGGUACUGUUUUUGUGAAAGUCAGGAUUUGUUGUAUAUUUUCCCACGUUUUGCAGAAUUGACGCUCCAGAAUCAGCGAUGUCCAGUAACAAGAGCCAGUCCGGAAAUGUGGAGAAUGACAGCGCUUUAGCAAGACCGCAGUCAGCUGGAAAGGACAUAUCAGAGACGGAUGCCUUUAAUCGAAGUUUACUUGCCCCAGAGAAUCCUAAUGAGGAGUAUAAGAUGAACCAUAAGAGAAGAGGAAUCGCUCUGAUCUUCAACCAUGAAAGUUUCUACUGGCAACUCAUGCUGAACAACCGCUCUGGCACGAACGCAGACAAUCAGAAUCUCAUUAGAAGAUUUGAUGAGCUGGGUUUUGAGGUGAGGGCUUACGAAAAUCACAAACGUGAGCAAGUUUUGGCAAUACUCAACGAAGUUGCUGCCGCAGAUCAUGUGGAUGCAGAUUGUUUUGUCUGCGUCUUUUUAAGUCAUGGAGAAAAUGGCCACGUCUUUGCUAAUGAUGCAAAGAUUGAUGUUCAGGAAAUGACUGCUCUGUUCAAGGGGGAUAAGUGCCGUAGCCUUGUAGGGAAACCCAAAAUCUUCAUCUUACAGGCUUGCCGUGGUGACAGACACGAUGAUCCUGCGACACCGAUGGAUGUGGUUGACAGCCAGAUGGCCAAUGAGGUGGUAGUGGAUGCAGGGGUGUUAUACACUCUUCCAGCAGGGGCAGAUUUUAUUAUGUGCUACUCAGUGGCUGAAGGAUACUACUCUCACCGUGAGGUCAUCAAUGGCUCGUGGUAUAUCCAGGAUCUGUGCGAAAUCCUAAGACGCUACGGUUCCACACUAGAGUUUACUGAGCUCCUGACACUAGUAAACAGAAAAGUUUCCUACCGCAGUGUGGGCAACUGCAGCGAUCGCAGUGCUAUAGGCAAAAAGCAGGUGCCCUGCUUUGCAUCCAUGCUCACGAAGAAGCUGUUUUUCAGGCCUACGAAAUAAUAAUAACAAUAAUCAUGUCAGCAAUCAAUUCAGGAAUAUAUAUUUUUUGGGGGGGAAAAAAACACUUUCUUGUGAUCCUACAUACAUUAACAUUUUCCCCUCGUAGUUGUGUGGUUUUGCUUGUUUUAGCCUAAUGGUUUGAUGGUUAGGGUUACAAAGGGCAAGUAGUAUUUUAAGUUAAUUUUAUAAACUAAUAAUGAUUUUUUUCUUCAAAUUUUAAAUAAUUAGAUUCACUUUUGGAAGUGCAAUUUAUCAGGGAAAAGAUUAGGUCCCACUUUAUAUUAGUUGUCUUAAAAUAUAUGUGCUCACAUAAAAAAGGUAUUCAAUAUACCAGUUGUACAUACUUUUGUACUUAUAUUUGAAGUAUCUGCUUUCUGUCUUCUAUACAAGUACACAGUAUGUAAAAACAUGUCAUAUAAAGUGGGAACAAAAUGUACAAUGUUAUCAUGUAAUUUACAGCUAUUUGUCCAAAAACUGAUAAUAUAAUAAAAAGAUAAUAUUUUGAUAAUGUAAUCAUUAUGUGGCACUGGCAGUACCUGAAUGAGCGAAAACAAGAUCAUCCAGUUACACAGCUCAACAACUUGUAACUAUGCAGGUGCGUGCUUAAAGAUGAUUUACAAGUUAUUCAUACACUACAUGUCAUUGAAAAGGAAUUUACGGUUUUUGCCUGUAAUGUGAAUAUAUGUCUUAAAUGUGGAAAGACUCAAGGCAACUAGAGAUAUAGCCAUUUCUUUGCAGGGGGCCACAAUACACUGUCUCAGGAUUUUGUGUGACAAGGCAUAUUGUCUUGGCACAUUUUUUUGUUUUGAUAAGAAUAAUGUAAUUGUAUGGCAAACUGAAUGUCAAAUAUAACAAACUGAACAGUAAUCGUUUUGUAGCAUUGUUUGGACAAAUGGAACGAUAAUGAUAACUUUAUUAACCGUUUACAUCCCUGUAUGAAAUUCUGUACUCUAUUUAAAUGUCUGAGGAAACAUACUAAUGUGAAUGUCAUGCACUCCCCCCAGUAUUUGACUGUUUUGUAUCCAGUUGCCACAUGGAUCAUUGAAACUUAAUGAAUAAUAAAGUAAUGUAUUUUAAAUUCACACUCCAGAAUUGCCCAGUAUUCUGAUAUUUGCCCAUCCUUGGUUAUUUCAGUUUUUGUUCUUGACAAAAAUGUUUUGCCAAAUAAUAAAAGUCAACAUGUUUUAUGUUA